AUGGCGGCGGUGGCCCAGGCUGAGGCUCGGGCAUGGCGGGUGACGGGGUUGUUGGUCGGUCUGAGGCAAGGCCUCCGCGCCUGCCUGCCGGGCCUGACGCAGGUAAGGUGGAGCCGCUACAGCCCCGACUACCAGGAGCCGCAGCUGGACAAGGCCGCUCACCGCAAGCCUGUGGGGGAAAUGACCGAGGAGGAGAAGUACGCCCGGGAGCUCCGUGCCACGCAGCUCAUCAAAGCGGCCCCCGCCAGCCGGACCACCUCGGUGUUCCAGGACCCCACCAUCAGUAAGUUCACCAACAUGAUGAUGAAAGGAGGAAACAAAGUGCUGGCCCAGUCCCUCAUGCUGGAGACCCUGGAGACCGUGAAAAGGAAGCAGUUUGAAAAGUUCCACGCCACCCCGGAGCAGGAACGGGGGUCCGUCGAGCGAAACCCCUACGUUGUCUUCCACCAAGCCCUGAAGAACUGCCAGCCCAUCAUCGGCCUGGUCAGCGUCCUCAAAGGGGGCCACUCCUACCAGGUCCCAGCCCCCUUGGACGAGCGCCGCCGCCGCUUCCUGGCCAUGAAGUGGCUGAUCACCGAGUGCCGGCGCGGGCGGAAGCCGAGGCGGAUGCCCCUGCCCGAGAAGCUGGCCCACGAGCUGCUGGAAGCCUUCCACCACCAGGGCCCCGUGGUCAAGCGCAAACACGAGAUGCACAAGAUGGCCGAGGCCAACCGGGCCUUCGCACACUACCGCUGGUGGUAGGGACGGGUGGGCACACGGUCCAGGGAGGCGUGCCCUGGGCCACGACACGGGCAGCGGACUGAGCUUGGAAAACGUUUAUUAGAAGAGCCCCCG